AUGAGUGUGUUCAAUCUACUGGCCUUGAAUUCCAAGCUAAAGUGCGCCCGCAAACGGUACUAUUCCAAUAAAAAAAUCGAAUCCAACGAAAGAAAGCUGUUUAAACAAGUGAAACGGAUUUUAUUGAGUUCUUCCCUUGAUUGUCUGAAACAAAAUCAACAGUAUCAGUCCGACAUGCGCCAAGUACAGUACCAAUUUUUGAGCUUCGUGAUAGCUGUAGUUUGCAUCGGUCUGAGCUGGGUCCAACUCGGAUAUGGCCAGCGGCCCAUCACAGCCAGCGAUGACACCAGCUUCACGAAACCAAAUCGAAAAGUCGGAGACAAGGUGGCUCGUUGGUACAAUGAGGGUCUUCCCGGACGGCCUAUCGAGCAUCAAAGCUACUACCAGUUCGAUGUGAUGCUGCCGGAUCUUAAGCAGGCCAACUCCUUGCCAACGGCGACUUAUCAAAGCCGGCUCUGGCCGGGUGCCAUCGUACCGUACGUGUUUAUGGAUGAGUUCACUGAGUUGGAGUUGUUCCUAUUCGAGCAUGCCCGCUGGCAGUUUCACACGCAAACUUGCAUCCGCUUCGUUCCUCGGACAACGGAAAUCUACUACGUCAGUUUGGAGCGGAAAAACACCGGCUGCUGGUCCUACACCGGCCGGUAUACCAACAACAAAUGGAACAAGAUCAACCUGAUGCCAUACUGCUUCUCCGAGGGUCCCGGUUUGGUUGUGCACGAGAUGAUGCACUCCGUCGGGUUCCAUCACGAAUUCAUCCGUCCGGAUCGUGAUCAGUACAUCUGGAUCAACAAGACGGCCACCUUCGAUUGGCCAUCGGUGGAGUCUAACUUUGCGACGAAGAGCAACGCCGAAUCGGAAGUGUACGGAACGAAGUUCGACUACGGCAGUGUGAUGAUGUAUUCGCGCUUUGCUACUUCCGCUGGCUACUAUCCGACGAUGAUUAAUUUGCAACCGUGGGAUUAUCGGACGGAUUUCGGUAAUCGCACCGGAUUCAGUUACAGUGAUCUGAUCCGAAUAAACUACAUGUACUGCAAUGGAACCAAGUGGGAUCCCAGCGUUCGCAAACCAUUCAGUUUACCCGUUCCGGUGGAUGAUGGAGAAUCGGUGGCACCCGAACGACCCCAACCACCGGCGGUUAUUCCAGCCGAAGAAGCCACCCUAGGCGAUCUAGUGUAUUGA